AUGGGUUCAACACAAUUCGGGAAUUUCCACGACUUCUGUCGCGACUCGCUAUUACCCGUCUGCAAUCUCUUCUUGGACAAUCAGCCGCCGAACGCUGGUCCCAAUGGAACUUUUGAUGGAUGCCCUCUCUAUGGAAUCGAGUUGAGUGGCGGUCGCCAUCUCGCUAAUCUUGGCUCCAUUUUACUGGCUUUCCUCGCCAUCCUCGUUUCUCUCGCUAUGCUAUGGAGGUCGGAUAAGAAGCAUGCUGCUGUCGGGCGUCGUGAGAUGCAAUUAUUCCUACUGGGCUUCAUCGUUAUUCAGAUUUGCGAAAUCUUCACCGUCGGUGGUAUCCCGAUCCAUGACUCCGUUCGAAAGGGCUUUUCCGCCGUCCACCUUGCGUCGAUCACUGCCACAUGCUGGAUUCUUCUUAUGAAUGCGCUCGUGGGGUUCCAGCUACUUGAUGACGGCACCCCCGCCUCUAUCGGUCUCAUCUGCGCUUCGUCCUUGGCCCUGUUCAUCGGUACCGGCUACAUUGCUUUGGAUACUGCGUUCGACUGGACCGGCCAUUUCGCGUCUAGUACCGGUGCCGGCAACGACAACCGUAACAUCGGUCUCUACGUUCUCUACCAGCUAUUCCCGCUCGUUUGCCUGGUUCUGUUCUUCGCUUUUGAGGCUGUAUUGGUACUCCGUGUGCUGGGCGAAUUCCGACCAAUGCUAUAUCUUUCCGGCGCAGCUCUCCUGUUCGCCAUUGGCCAGAUUUUCCAAUAUGUGAUCAGUGUCCACCUCUGCGAGGCGUCAUCCGGCAAAAUCAACGGUGCCCUAUUUGAAACGCUCUUCACCCUCUUGUCCGUUAUCGGUGUCUGGUCUUUUUGGAGCAGUAUUACCGAGGACGACUGGCCCCUGCCUACUGGUGGUGGAUACAACUAA